AUGUCAACUAUAACUCUCAGUUAUUUGGUCAUGGGUGAAAGCCCUUAUGAAAAUGCUUUUCAAGUUGUUAUUGACACCACUCAAAUAAAGACCGCGGCAUUGUUUAAAGACGCUAUCAAGGAAAAAAUUGACGAUAAUGUUAAGCCAGCCGAUGAGCACAUACAUAUAAUCGUACAGCGUUCUGUUGAGACGAAAGAGAAGAAGCUUUGUGAAUAUUUCACAUUUCCGGAUGGAAUAGAAAACGAGCAUAUCGUAAUAGGUCGUGUAGUAGGUGGAGCCAGCUUGAAGAGAAAGAUUUCAAUAGGUAAAAUGCGUAAAAAAUUAGACCUGGCAAGUUCGAGUUCUCAGAGUGCAAGUGAUACAGUUGAGAUUGUGACAGAGUGUAAAGUUAUUCAGUUUUCUGCUGAUGAGGAUUUAUUGAGCAUUAUCUGGACUGUUGACCCUAAGGUGGAUCUGAAAAUAGUUGUGGAUACGUCGCAACAACCUUUCUCUUUGUAUACUUUCUCCAAGAUGAAGGUUCUUUUUGGUUUGAAGGUUAAUAGUUAUGAUCAAUUACCAUGUAUUGAAAUUGGAAGUUCGGCAACUCCAGAAGAGAUUAAAAACAGUGUGAAUGAGGAUUUUUUAAGAAUGCACAAGGCAUCCUCACCCAUCACUAGCAUGAAUGAGGCCACCCACUAUGAAUUUAUUUCUGCGAUUAUAUAUAGUAUAGCGUCCAUCUUCAAUGAUACUGUAAAAGUUUAUCCCCAGUAUGAAGUUUCUGGAAGUCAUGGAAAGGGGCCUAUAGAUUGGGUGAUCAAAAUGGAAGACGUAAUUAUUUCUAUAACUGAAGCAAAAUGA